UGUAACACAAGCAUGCAGGUAGCGAAGAGCGUGGGUCUAGAGGAAGGGGGCUGAGCCUGUUCAAGCUCUCCACACGAAAGAGUCGAAGGGGAGGAGGAGGAGGAGACGUAGGAAGGGAGUCUUAAAACUGGAGCCGGAGCUCGAGCGCUUUUAAAACGCCGCUCUCGUCCCCCCAAAACAGCCCUCCAACAGAAGCGAACUGGACUCAAGUUUUCACUCACUGAAAGGACAUUAAACGAGGGGCCAUUGUCUUCAUUUGAUAGCCCAAGACGACUCGCCACACAGUGAGGUGAUUCACUUCAUUCGUUUAAAAACUGCUCUUCGCGUUCCGGACGGAGUCAGCAGGACUUCACUUCAGCGCUCACCACCAACUUUUAAGGACUUUUCUCUUCAAACAGUCUGGACCUCGCCUCCCCACCAUCCUAACAGAAGCGCUCUUUUCCGAGUUUUCAUCGUGUCCCUCAACGUGUGUGGACUGAGAUUUUUCUGAAAGCAAAGCAAGGAGGACGGAUCUCUCACAUGCCAAAGUACAUAUAUGAGAAAGCAAUGGCACUCGAAACAAGAAACGGUGGAACAGCGACGUUAAACAGCAGCAGCAUCAACAAGAGCAAGAGGAAACUUUUGAUAGCUCUCGACAUCCUCUGUCUUAUCUUAGCCGGCCUGCCUUUCCUGUUAAUUGAAACUAGCAUGAUCGAGCCAUACCGUCGCGGGUUUUACUGCAGUGACCAGUCCAUCCAGUACCCAUGUAAAAACGGAGACACCAUAAGCGAUGCCGUGCUCUGUCUUGCUGGCAUUCUUAUUGCCAUCUUCUCUAUUGUGAUCGGUGAGUGCUAUAGGAUCCAUUACCUGAAGCAGGGCACCCAAUCCUUCGUGGGGAACCCCUAUGUCUCCGCCCUCUACAGACAGGUGGGCGUGUUCAUCUUCGGCUGUGCGGUCAGUCAGUCCUUCACGGACAUUGCUAAGGUGUCGGUGGGCCGCAUGAGGCCACACUUUCUGGACGUGUGCAAGCCGGACUACUCCAGGAUCAACUGCUCUCUGGGCUACAUCACCGAAUACGUCUGCCUGGGUGACCCGAGCAAAGUGCAGGAGGCCAGGAAAUCCUUCUUUUCUGGACAUGCCUCAUUUUCAAUGUUCACCAUGCUGUACCUAGCGUUCUACCUACAGUCUCGGUUCACGUGGCGUGGAGCUCGUCUCCUGAGGCCCCUUCUCCAGUUCACUCUGCUGAUGAUGGCCUUCUACACUGGCCUGUCCCGCGUAUCUGACCACAAGCACCACCCCACUGAUGUGCUGGCUGGCUUUGUACAAGGAGCGCUUGUGGCCUACUGCAUAGUCUUUUACGUGUCUGACCUGUUCAAGCCCAAAGUGAAGUCUGCCACUCCUCCGCCCUCGCCGAUCAAGAAAGAGCUGCUCCCUUCGGCCGACAUCAUAGACAGGAACAAUCACCACAACAUGGUGUGAGAGAGGGAUGACGGGAGGAACCACCUUUAACCCCCUCCCCCACCCGUCUCCUCUGAAGAAACCUGAAGAGCCACCUGUGACUGAAGAGCAGCAGCACUUUAGCUGUUACUCUCUCUCUCUCAUCUGACAGUAGAAUGUAGAGGCAGGAGACAGAGACCUUUUACUAUUGAGACUCUUUUAUGGUUAUUAUUUUUAUUAUUGUUAUUAU